AUGCGCAGUCCCGAUACCAGCUUUGUCAUGAUGCCAUCCACCAUUUUAUUGGUUAGCCUAUUUUGCGUGACCUCUGUUCUCUCUGCCCCUGCUCUCCAAGUAAUAGGUUUGCGAGGAUCUGUAGAUGAUGCCAGCGAACGUUGCAAACGCUCAGCUGAUGUCUUCGGUUACUACUACACAGAAAUUAAUUUGUCCGAAUACGGACGCACAACAGACGAAGUUAAAAAUGAGGUCAAAUUGGCUAUGAUUAAAAAGACUGUUGAGAACAGUGACAGCGAAUAUGUCCUCAUUCUCGAUAGUCACUUGUCCGUUCUUCUCGGCCAACCCAAUGAUCUGCUCCAAGCCGCAGAUAAUCUCAAAGCCGAUUAUAUCUAUAUUGCUGGGGAUGCAAAACUAGGCGAUGAGGACCCGAAACCGGAAUCUAUAUUCCACGGUCUUUUUGCCCGAACAAAACUCCUCAAUGAAGCCAUUCCAAAACCUCCUUCGGUUCUCAGUGAAGACUACGUUCAAUCAUACCUAGAUGCAAUAAGGGCGAAAAAGGGAACAACUUUGAUGGAUACCUCCUCGGCCUUUUUCCAACAGAUCUAUAAUAAUGCAUCAAACAUUCAAAUUCGAUUCGAACACGAUCGUGGUUAUCUUCAAAAUAUCCUUACAGAUACUGUUCCAGUAGUCGCAGUUGCGAAUAAUGAUCAUGAAGCCAAGAGAAGACUAAACAGUUUGAGCAACUAUCUGACACGUUCCUGGUCUCCUGAAACUAGCUGUCAAGCAUGUGACGAGGAUAAAAUCGAUUUGGAUAAACUGAAGCCAUCAGAGUACCCUGUGGUGAUGCUCAGUGUCUUCAUCGUUAGACCAACACCAUUCCUUCAACCCUUUUUCGAUCGACUUUCAAAGCUUGACUAUCCUAAGAACAGAAUUCAUCUCACAACAUUCUGCGCAAUUUCAGAGCACCAAAAGCUUGUUGACGAAUUCAUUGAUAAACACGGUUCAGAGUACAUAUCGGUUACAGAACUCAACCCUACCGAUCACAAAGACCAAGAUCAGGCCUUCCUACAUGCUGCUGCCCUAUGUCUUGAUAAACCAGACUGUGCUAAUCUCUUCUAUGUGGAAGGGACAGUCCAAUUCACCUGGCCAGGAACGCUCAAGCAUCUUGUUUCAACAAAUCGUAGCAUAGUUGCGCCUCUUAUGACUCGCUAUAACGUUUUCUGGUCAACUUUCUGGGGCGACAUUGCUGAAGACGGGUCUUAUAAAAGAUCGGAUGAUUAUUUUGAAAUCGUUGAACGUCGCAAACGUGGGCUUUGGAAGGUUCCAUUGGUCGGAUCUACAUUCAUUCUAAGUCGAUGGGCUCUCUCAGAAAUUUCCAGUGAUUACCUCGAGGAAGCCUUCUUUUAUCUUUCACUUACAUCUACCACAACCAAGAAAAAUGUCUUUAUGUAUGUUGACAAUCGAGAACAGUUUGGGCGUCUCACAAACCCUACCUCAUAUUCACUAACUCAUUUACACAAUGACCUAUGGCAGCUUUUUGACAACCCCGUAGUAAGUGUUCAUUCAAACAAAAAUAGAUAG